AUGACUGCACAACAGGUCAUGGAUUUGGACCCAAUUCUGAAAACAUCACUCAAGCGGUUCGAGCCAUUGAUGAAAAAGUUAGACAAAGAGGUGAAUGUAGUGAUUGUUUCAGACCAUGGAAUGACUCAAAUCGAUGACUUCAAACAAAUUGAAUUGAAAGAUGUCAUAGACUUCAAAAAUUCAGUACAACUAUAUCUUGGAAGCGGUUCCGGGGCUCAGAUUGUGCCCAAACCCGGCAAAGAGGAAGAGAUUUAUAAAAACUUAACUCAAGUGAAAGGCAUAAAAUUUUGCCACUUCUGGUUACAGUUGAUGCUGGAUAUACUAUUGCUGCGGUUACCGAGACUGGAAGGAGUGGUAUAUUAUGGAGACUCAGGGAAGAAACCUCAGGGAGGAAACCAUGGCUAUAGUGUCGAGACUUUGCCUGACAUCCGGGCCAUAAUGUAUGGCUUCGGACCGGCUCUCAAGAAGAACUACACCUCCGAUUGGAUAUCAAUGGUUGAUCACUACAACUUGUUUUGUCAUAUACUCGGCAUUAAUGCCAUUCCCAAUAACGGAACCGACGCUAAAGCCGAAGCAAUGUUAGUGAGUAGUAGUGGAAAUAGGGCUCACUAUUCAGUCCUUUUAUUCAGUAUUCUUGUCACUUGUGUUUUAAAAGUAUUUGUUUAGUUUUUACUAGUUUUAUGUCAUGUGAGAUGAGA